AUGGCGAGCCCGCCGCCGGCCGGGGCGCCCAACCUGAACAACAACAACAACAACAACCACGGCGUGCGCAAGUGCGGCUACCUGCGCAAGCAGCGCCACGGCCACAAGCGCUUCUUCGUGCUGCGCGGGCCCGGCGCGGGCGGCGACGAGGCGGGCGCGGGCGCGGGCGGGGGCGCGGCCCCGCAGCCGCCGCGGCUCGAGUACUACGAGAGCGAGAAGAAGUGGCGGAGCAAGGCGGGCGCCCCGAAGCGGGUCAUCGCGCUCGACUGCUGCCUCAACAUCAACAAGCGCGCGGACGCCAAGCACAAGUACCUGAUCGCGCUCUACACGCGCGACGAGUACUUCGCCGUGGCCGCCGAGAACGAGCAGGAGCAGGACGGCUGGUACCGCGCGCUCACCGAGCUGGUCAGCGAGCGCCGCGCGGCCGACGCGCCCCCGGCCGCCGCCAGCGCCGCGUCCUGCAGCGCCUCCCUGCCCGGCGCGCUGGGCGGCUCGGCGGGCGCCGACGACGGCUACGGGGGCCCCGGCGCGCCCGGCGCGGCCGCCUACCGCGAGGUGUGGCAGGUGAACCUGAAGCCCAAGGGCCUGGGCCAGAGCAAGAACCUGACGGGCGUGUACCGCCUGUGCCUGUCGGCGCGCACCGUCGGCUUCGUGAAGCUCAACUGCGAGCAGCCGUCGGUGACGCUGCAGCUCAUGAACAUCCGGCGCUGCGGCCACUCGGACAGCUUCUUCUUCAUCGAGGUGGGCCGCUCGGCCGACGGGCCCGGCGAGCUGUGGAUGCAGGCGGACGACUCGGUGGUGGCGCAGAACAUCCACGAGACCAUCCUGGAGGCCAUGAAGGCGCUCAAGGAGCUCUUCGAGUUCCGGCCGCGCAGCAAGAGCCAGUCGUCGGGCUCGUCGGCCACGCACCCCAUCAGCGUGCCCGGCGCGCGGCGCCACCACCACCUGGUGAACCUGCCCCCGAGCCAGACCGGCCUGGUGCGCCGCUCGCGCACCGACAGCCUGGCCGCCACCCCGCCCGCCGGCCCGUGCGGCGCCUGCCGGGUGCGCACGGCCAGCGAGGGCGACGGCGGCGCGGCGGCGGGGGGCGGGCCGGCGGGCGCGCGGCCGGGGUCGGCGGCGGGGAGCCCCCUGAGCCCCGCGCCCGCGCGCGCGCCCCUGAGCCGCUCGCACACCCUGAGCGGCGGCUGCGGCGGGCGCGCGGGCCGGGCGGCGCCGGCGCCGGCAGGGGGCGGCCUGCAGCACAGCCGCUCCAUGUCCAUGCCCGUGGCGCGCUCGCCCCCGGCCGCCGCCAGCCCCGGCAGCCUGUCGUCCAGCAGCGGCCACGGCUCGGGCUCCUACCCGCCGCCGCCCGGCGCGCUGCCGCCCGCGCCGCCCCUGCCCGCGGGCCCGCGGCCCUCCAGCGGCAGCGCCUCGGCCUCGGGCUCGCCCAGCGACCCCGGCUUCAUGUCGCUGGACGAGUACGGCUCCAGCCCCGGCGACCCGCGCGCGCUCUGCGGCCCGCGCAGCGACACGCCCGAGUCCGCCGCCGGGACGCCCCCGCCGGCCGAGCUGCGCGGCUACAUGAGCAUGGAGCGGCCCCCGGGGGGCCCCUGCGGCCGCGCGCCCCGCCGCGUCUCGGGGGACGGCGCCGCGGACCUGGAGCGCGCGCUGCGCAGGAGGACCUACUCGCUGACCGCGCCCGCCCGCCAGCGGCCCGCGCCGCAGCCGUCCUCGGCCUCGCUGGACGAGUACACGCUCAUGCGCGCCAGCUGCGCGGGCAGCGCGGGCCGCCUCUGCCCGGCCUGCCCCGCGUCCUCGCCGCAGGCCGCCUACCACCCCUACCCCGAGGACUACGGCGACGUGCGCAUCGGGGCCCGCCGCGGCUCCGGCGGCCCCCAGGGCGCGGACGACGGCUACGUGCCCAUGACGCCCGGCGCGGCGCUGCGGGGCGACGGCUACAUGCCCAUGAGCCCCACCAGCGUGUCCGCGCCCCAGCAGAUCCUGCAGCCGCGCGCCCCGCCCGCCGCCCCCGCCGGCCGCGCCUUCCUGGGCCCCGCGGGCAAGGCCAGCUCGCCGGCCGAGAGCUCGCCCGAGGACAGCGGGUACAUGCGCAUGUGGUGCGGCGCCAGGCUGGCCGCGGAGGGCGCGGACGCCAGGCUGCUGCCCAACGGGGACUACCUCAACAUGUCCCCCGGCGACGCGGGCCCCGCGGGGACCCCGCCCGACUUCUUCCCCGCCGCGCUGCACGGGCCGGGCGGCGACGCGCUGCCGGGCUUCCCGGGCUGCUGCUGCGGCUCGCUGCCGCGCGCCCCCAAGGCGCCCUUCGCCUGCCCCGGCGACCAGUACGUGCUCAUGAGCUCGCCCGUGGGGCGCAUCCUGGAGGAGGAGCGGCUGGAGCCGCGGGCCGGCCCGCUGACCCCUGCGGCCGGCGGCCAGACCGCGCCGACUGUCCACCCCGCAGUGCCUUCGGCGGCCAGGCCGGGCGGCGGCCGGCCCGAGGGCUUCCUGAGCCAGCGCUGCCGCGCGGUGCGGCCCACGCGCCUGUCCCUGGAGGGGCUGCAGACCCUCCCCAGCAUGCACGAGUACCCGCUGCCGCCCGAGCCCAAGAGCCCCGGCGAGUACAUCAACAUCGACUUCGGCGAGGCCGGCGUGCGCCUGUCGCCCGCCCCGCCGCUGCUGGCCUCUGCCGCCUCGUCGUCCUCGCUGCUGUCCGCCAGCAGCCCGGCCUCCUCCCUGGGCUCGGGCACCCCGGGCACCAGCAGCGACAGCCGGCAGCGCUCCCCGCUCUCCGACUACAUGAACCUCGACUUCAGCUCGCCCAGGUCCCCCAGGCCGGCCGCCCAGAGCAGGGACCCGGUGGGCUCCUUGGAUGCCUUGCUGUCCCCGGAGUGUCCCUUGCCGUACCCGCCGCUGCCCCCGCGCCCGUCCGCCCACGGCGCCCCCCUGCAGCCGGCCGCCCUGCCUCCGCCCCCGCCGGGGGAGCUGUACCGCCGGCCUCCGGUGGCCGCCGCCCAGGGCCCCGGCGCUGCCUCCUCCUCGUCCUCGGAGACUGGGGACACUGGUGACUACACCGAGAUGGCCUUUGGCGUGGCCGCCACCCCGCCGCAACCCAUCGCCGCGCCCCCGAAGCCGGAAGGUGCCCGCGUGACCAGCCCCACGUCCGGCAUGAAGCGGCUGAGCCUCAUGGAUCAGGUGUCCGGGGUGGAGGCCUUCCUGCAGGCCGGCCAGCCCCCAGACCCGCACCGGGGCGCCAAGGUCAUCCGCGCGGACCCGCAGGGCGGCCGCCGCCGCCACAGCUCCGAGACCUUCUCCUCGACCACCACUGUGACCCCCGUGUCCCCCUCCUUCGCCCACAACCCUAAGCGCCACAACUCGGCCUCCGUGGAAAACGUCUCUCUCAGGAAAAGCAGCGAGGGCGGCAGCGGCGCUGCCGUCCUGGCAGGGGGCGAGGACCCGCCGCCCGUGUCCCCCCGCCAGGUGCAGCCCCAGCACCCCCAGCCCGCGCGGCCCUGGACGCCCGGACAGCCCGGGGGCCUGGUCGGCUGCCCGGGGGGCAGCAGCUCCCCCAUGCGCCGGGAGACCUCUGCCGGCUUCCAGAACGGGCUCAACUACAUCGCCAUCGACGUGCGGGACGAGCCGCCCCCGCAGCCCGGGGACAAGAGCGGCUGGGGCCGGGCCCGGAGCCUCGGCGGCCUCAUCGGUGCCGUGGGGGGCGGCGGCACCGCGGGCAUGUGCGGGGCGGGCCCUGGCACCCUGCCGCCCGCCAGCACCUACGCCAGCAUCGACUUCCUGUCCCACCACCUGAAGGAGGCCGCCGCGGUGAAAGAGUAGAGACGCCGGCUGCCCCGCGUCGGCAGCGGAGAGAGACGUGGGACGACGCUCAGCCUUUUUUUUUUUUUUCAUCUGAAGCUGCUCACACUUCCCUGGGGCGUCCGUGCGCACUUGGGGCGCGGGGCAGGAGGCCCAGAGCCCGCGUCCCGCCCGGCGCCCGCCCCGCGCUGCUCACACUGUGUCUGCUCUGGCUUGUUACGGAACGGGCGAAGAGGUCAGUGUCCGGAGUCGCGGCGCCCGGCGUGGACGGCGGCCGUGUCCUCGCUACCCCCGCACAGCGGGCGCCCGUGGGUGCGUCGGCCUGACCGGCGCGC